AGCAAUUCUAUUCCAUAAAUUGGCAGAAACCGUAGCCUAUUUUUUACGUGUAUGGGUGAGCAUACGGUUAUCACAAUAUUGGAUUUCGCAAAUUGACCUUGAAGGUCAGUCUUAGGUCGUGUACCUUAUGAAAAAGCUAUGAGACAAUACGGGCUUUUGUAUUACGUCAUUUGCCAUAAUGUAUACGAACAUAAGUGGGAUAAAAUGCGUUAAUUACUGUCAUUCAAAACUUUUCGGAUGAUUCCAUCUUGGCUUCCAGUUGUUAGAGCUUCCGCUAUUGGUUGGACACCAUUACUUCAAAGUAAAUUACCCGAUGAGCCUCUGAUCACAAAUAAAAAAUAUAUUAAGGAUAGUAAAAUUGUGAUUAAUGUAAGCGGACGAAGGUUUGAGACAAGAAAGUCUACGCUCGAGAAAUUUCCUGAUACACUGCUCGGUUCUGAUGAGAAAGAUUAUUUUCAAGACCCGGUUUCAAAAGAAUAUUUUUUUGAUAGAGAUCCGGAACUUUUCCGUUACAUCAUGGAAUAUUACCGGUCAGAAAAGCUACAUCUACCGAAGGAUUAUUGUGUGACUGCUUAUCAUGAAGAAUUGUUGUAUUUCGGCAUUAUGCCAGAAAUUAUGGGAGAUUGUUGCUAUGAGGAAUAUCUUGACAAAUACAGGGAAAAUAAAGAAAGACAGCAGGAAGAAAAGGAGGAUGCAUCUGAAGAGGAGCAGCUGCCAAAAAGUUUUAGAGAUAGGUUAUGGCGUGCAUUUGAAAAUCCCCAAGCUUCAACUUUAGCAGUCGUACUUUAUUAUGUAACGGGAUUCUUUAUUGCUGUUUCGGUACUUGCUAAUAUAACUGAGACUGUUUCGUGUGGUAUCAGUGUUGAAACUGGUGAAAAUGUUCCAUGUGGAGAGAAGUACAACGCCGCAUUCUUCUGUUUAGAUACUGCUUGCGUACUUUUAUUUACAAUUGAGUAUUUAGCAAGGCUGUAUGCAGCUCCAGCAAAAUGUAAAUUUAUCAGAUCUGUUAUGUCAAUAAUCGAUAUAGCCGCAGUUUUUCCGUAUUAUGUGGGACUUUUUAUGUCAAACAAUAAGGAAUUUUCAGGUGCUUUUACCACUUUGCGUGUGUUUCGCGUUUGUCGUAUUUUCAAAUUCUCGAGACACAGUAAAGGAUUGAGGAUAUUAGGCUGCACUUUGCGUUGCUGCGCGUCAGAACUUGGAUUCCUUUUGUUCACAAUAACAAUGGGUGUCAUAAUUUUUUCAACAAUAAUGUUUUAUGCAGAGAAGUCAGAAGCAUCACAAUUCAGUAGUAUACCAGCAGCAUUUUGGUAUACAAUUGUGACAAUGACUACUUUGGGAUAUGGAGAUAUUGUACCGACUACAAUUAUUGGCAAAAUAGUUGGUGGUGUUUGUUCACUUUCAGGUGUACUUGUUAUCGCUUUACCAGUCCCUGUGAUUGUAUCACAUUUUGCUAGGAUCUAUCAACAAAAUCAACGAACUGAUAAACGAGAAGCUCAAAAAAAAGCUAGAUUGUCUCGCUUAACCGAAAUGAAAGCAGUUGCGGAAAAUGCAUUUUCCGAAGGUAAAAAACGAUACAAAAAUCGAAAAUUAUCAGAAUGUCAUAAAUCAAAUGUAAAUGCGUUGAUAAAAGAAGAAAAUAGUCAAGAACAAAAUGAUAUUGUACAAAACGAAACAAAUCAUCUUCAACUUGUUGAAUUAAGAAAGUAUAAAAUUGGCGAAGACGAGCAACAACAACAACAAAGUAAUGUAGAUAUUUCACAUAGACAAGAUGAAGAAUAUAAAAUAAGAAAAAUCGAUGAAGCAGGUGCAAAAAGUGAUGGUCCAAUUGAAGAAGAAGAUACUGAAGAGAUUCAUGAUUUAUUUGAACAACAAUACUAUCAUCUAAUUGAUUGUUUACAACAAACAACGGGUUUAGAAGUUGCUGAAACUAAUGCACUAUCACUAAUUGGAAGCAAUAAUCGAAUAACAAAUACAAAAUCCAAAACUAGCGGGAAAACUUUACAAAGGCAUCAAACUUUGAUCAGUAAAAGUAGUUCUGGUGAACUAGAAAGUCAACCAAUAAAACCAAUACCAGUGAGACGGAAAUCGUUUCUGCCACGUCUACGUAAAAUUUCAACAUUUUGUCAUCGUAGAAGACGUCAUUUGAAUAGAGUAGAUCAAACAAAAUUAUCAUUUUCAUCCAGCAUUGAACGAACUCAUUCGUCAAAUGUAAAUCCUGAUCAUAAUUCAUCAAAAUAUCAUUUAGUAUCAAUCAAUGAAACAAACAAUGAAAGAAUAGCAUCCACUUCAUUUGAAAGAUGAUAAUUCAAAUUAUUUGUAUUCUAUAUCAUAAUAUCCACUUGGACUCCACUUAACCUAAUCAACACAUAUGAUUGUGAUGAUGAUGAUGAUGAACAAAUACAAUCACUUCCAUUCUGUAUAACAUUCUAUAUAUAUAUAUAAAUAAAUAUAUAUUUGUUUAAGUGUUUUCUAAUUAUUCUCUAAUUGAACAUGUAACAGAUUAUUUUCAAAUGCAUUCAUCAAUCAACCAACCUAUUUACUUAUUUCAUUUAGUACAAAUCAUUUGAAAUGAUAAAUACAGUUCCAAGAUUAUACAAGUCAUUAUCUUCUGUAAUAUAUACAUAUAUAUAUAUAUUAGCAAUUUCUUUCUUUUGAAUCAAUCAGAAAUAUUAUCAACUCUAGUCAUUUAAACUCAUCUGUUUGUUGGUUUUUUUAUUCAAGAAAUACAUGAAUUUUUUUUUUGAAGUUCAGAAAAAAAUAAUAAGUGCAGAUAUUCUACAUGAACAUAUUGAUUUCUUUUCUUUCUUCCUUCAUAUCGUCUCUUUUUUACUUUCUUUCUUGAGUUUCUUUUUUUAUCAUUUCUAACUUAUAAUUUUGAUAGUUAUGUAAUAAUAAUAAUAAUAAUGAUAAUAUUAGUAAUAAUAAAACCGACCAAUAAUGCAACACAAUACAAAACGAAAUCUGGUCAUUUUAUGCGUCUCAUUGAAAUUUUGUUCAAUUUGUUGAUUUUAACAAUGAUUAACUUUUUUUUACAUAUUAUGAUUAAAAAAAUAUGCAUAUAUAUAUAUAAAUAUAUAUAAACACACAUGUAUGUAUCCUCAAUUUUUUUUUAAAACAAG